UGCUCGCUGAUGAAAACAAGAAGUCUAUGGGCGGAAACGAUGCUAAAAACAUUGGUUGAACUAAAGGUUCCUUACGAGCGUUUUGCUGCCGAGUUCAUAGAAGAUACAGUUUGGAACCGGGGCUUUCGGGCAUUCACGCACCUGUCUACACUGUGUAGAUACUGCUGGAAUUAAAAAUAGCUAAAGGUGUGUCUGGAGAAGUGUUCAGGAGGUUGGUUAGCAAACAAACUCGCUAGCUGUCUGGCUUCACAAGCGUGGGUCAGUCAUCUAAAAUGGAUGACAGCAAGAUGGUUGGUGGAAAAGUCAAGAAACCAGGGAAACGCGGCCGUAAACCUGCCAAGAUUGACCUAAAGGCGAAGUUGGAGCGAAGCAGACAGAGUGCCAGGGAGUGUCGAGCCAGGAAGAAGUUGCGCUACCAGUAUCUGGAGGAAUUGGUGUCCAGCAAGGAGAGAGCCAUCUGUGCGCUGAGAGAGGAGCUGGAGAUGUACAAGCAGUGGUGCACUGCCAUGGACCAGGGGAAAAUCCCAUCUGAAAUAAAGGCUCUCUUAACCGGAGACGAUCAGAAAACCCCUCAAAGCACCAGCACCAAAACACCCAAAAAUGGCAAGUACUCAACUGGGAUCAGCCAGAAUAAGUCAGCUUAGGUAAAGUCAGAAGCGUGUUUUGACAUGUUCUCUGUAUCAUGGAAAAAACAACAGAAUAGAUGAACCAUAUAGAGCUGAUAUGUGUUAAACUCACUAUAUGAAGGUACAGUGCAACAGCCACAUACCAUCAAUACAUUCUGGCUCUGUUUAUUUGUAUGGUUUGGAAAAGAUACAGUAUGGAACACUACAUCUCUUAAUAUGAAAGUAUGCAGUAUUGUCUUUGUAAUGCCCAUUAUUUGGACCCAUGCUUACUUAGAGGAUUUCCAGUUAUUUCCAUCAGUUAUCUCCAGUGUAGAACAAGGCGAUGUAGAAUGUGUUCAGGUGAAGAAAAUUAAAGCAAGUGUUAAGUUCUUCUGGAGUCCAAAUUAAAUCUCAAAAAAAGUUGUGGGUACAUGGCAACCAACAUGUGCAAUAAAUCGCAAAUACCAGAAACCCUUCGAAGAAAACAAAGGAAAAAAGACAUACUCACCUUGGGUGUUGUCAGAAUAAUUUAGCUUUGCUCUAAGCACUUUAAAAAAAUUGAAAAUUUGCAUAGCACUGGUUAAAGCUCUUAUUUUUUUCUUUAUUUUUGAAGAGAUGACACAAAGUAAUUGGUCUAUUUUUGAAUAUAUUUAUUUCCUUAACUAAAACAGAAAGCACUUUUUAUUUGUCCUUAACUCAACUUGUUUAGUGGUCCAACUGGCAUUUUGAUGAGAAAUGGCUUUUGCUUUGCUUGGUUACAUUUUAAAGGAAAUUAUACUUGCAAUAUCAAUAUAUUCCUUUUGUGACCUGGUCAUAGUCCUCCACUUUCUCACCAUAAGAAGAUGAUAUUGUGGUUAUACCACACUGACAAUUUCAGUUAUACAUUUUAUUCCUGAAGUGUCUGGUCUUUGUGUUUAAACUUUGAAUUAACAAUCAUGUAUUUUGUUUUUGUCAGAUGUUUGAUUUUUUUUUCCAUUUAGAAUGAUGUUGAAUGUAUUUAUGGUUCUUAACCAUAUUGUUGAGUCUAUCAAUCAGUCAACCAUUUGAAAACAAGUGAAAUGAACAAACUGUAAACGCUAUUUAUUUCCAUUAGUUCUUUCACACCAAUGUUCAGAUCCUGCAUACCAGUGUAGAGAGUGCACUAAAAGAAACUCUUGAUAUCUGCUUAUUCUUGGCAUAAUCCAGAUUUGUUGCAUGUCCAGCAAAUGAAGCAAAUGCAAAAGCAUAGUCAUGGUACUUAAAAAAGCACGGCAGAUUAAAUUUGUUCGUAACUUUCUGUUUUUAAAACUAUGAAUGGGAGUGAAGGGGUCAGAAUCUGUUUAAAUAAACUAUACAAACUAGUGUUGAAUGCAAAAUCAAGACUCUGAGCAGAUGGAAAACAAAAUAAAUCAUAAUGACUGGAUCAAUCAUUUGGUGUCUAAACAAACACAAGAUAUAUGUUUGUACGUGUUUUGUUCCCCAUUUUCACACCUGUCCACUUCCAAUGUUGUGACAUUAUUUAGCACAGAAAUGUAUAUUUUUAUAUUUAUAUCUAAAGUUGUGUACAGAUAUGUUGGAGGAUGCUGAAAACAUUUGUACAUGAAACAAAAAUAACAUACACGUGCAACUGCUUUGUUACCAUAAAAUCUGUUCAAUAAGAACUAA